CCCGCACUCCUCCUGCGCUGGAUCCUGAGGCGAUGCCACUGGAGAGGUGACCACCGCCGGGUCCGGAGACUCAUUUCCCCGGCUAUGGCACAUAUUUUAAUUAGUAUUUAAACUGCUCAGUUACUCACACAUACAAUGUGUCUUAUUUCCAAGCGCGCAGCAAGGAGGUGAAGGCGGCGGUGGAAGCUGAAGAUAGAAGCGCUUUAGUGAGAGGUGUCUGGCGGAGGGGGGAGGGGGCCGAUGCGCUCUCUUCUCUUGUUAAGAGGAUAAAGAAAAAGAGAAAUCGAGCUAUUUUUAAGCGGACUGUUUUAGCGACACCAUGACCAGCGGACCGGAUGAGAGCUCGGUGCGCGUGGCCCUGAGGAUCCGUCCUCAGCUGGCCAAAGAGAAGAUUGAGGGAUGCCACAUCUGCACAUAUGUAAUGCCCGGAGAGCCACAAGUUUUCCUGGGUAAGGACAAGGCCUUCACCUAUGACUACGUAUUUGAUAUAGACACCCAACAGGAAACCAUCUACACCCACUGCACUGAGAGACUGAUCGAGGGUUGCUUCGAGGGCUACAACGCAACCAUCUUUGCAUACGGACAGACAGGUUCUGGUAAGACAUACACCAUGGGAACCGGCUUUGAUGUCAGUAUCGGAGAAGACGAGCUGGGCAUCAUUCCCCGGGCCGUCAACCACCUGUUCAGAGGAAUCGAGGAGCGCAGACAGGCUGCCACCGAGCAGGGCCGGCCAGUUCCUGAGUUCAAGAUCAACGCCCAGUUCCUGGAGCUGUACAAUGAAGAGGUGCUGGACUUGUUCGACUCGACUCGGGACCUUGAGGCAAGGAGGCAGAGAUCCAACAUCAAAAUCCACGAGGACGCCAAUGGUGGCAUCUACACGGUGGGGGUCACCACCCGCACCGUCAACUCUGCAGCUGAGAUGAUGCAAUGUCUGAAGCUGGGCGCUCUGUCUCGCACCACUGCCAGCACCCAGAUGAACGUCCAGAGUUCGCGCUCCCACGCCAUCUUCACCAUCCACCUCUGCCAAGUUCGAGUCUGCUCUCCAGAUAACAAUGAUAAUGUUACAGAUAACCGGCUGGCUAAUGAUUCAGAAAUUAACGAGUUUGAGACUCUGACAGCCAAGUUCCACUUUGUGGACCUGGCUGGUUCUGAGAGACUGAAGAGAACUGGAGCUACAGGGGACAGAGCUAAAGAGGGAAUCUCCAUCAACUGCGGACUGUUGGCCCUCGGAAAUGUCAUCAGUGCUCUGGGAGACAGGAGUAAGCGCUCCACUCACGUGCCUUACAGAGACUCGAAGCUCACCCGGCUGUUACAGGACUCACUAGGUGGCAACAGCCAAACGGUGAUGAUCGCCUGUAUUAGCCCGUCGGACCGGGACUUCAUGGAGACGCUGAACACCCUAAAGUACGCCAACCGAGCCCGAAAUAUCAAGAACAAGGUGAUGGUGAACCAGGACAGAGCUAGCCAGCAGAUCAGUGCACUGAGGACGGAGAUAGCGCGGCUACAGAUGGAGCUGAUGGAGUACAAGACGGGAAAACGCAUGGUAGGUGAAGAUGGCAUGGAGGGCAUCAACGAUCUUGUCCACGAGAACUCCAUGUUGCAGACAGAGAAUAACAACCUGAGGGUGAGAGUGAAGGCCAUGCAGGAGACUAUUGAUGCCCAGAGAACCAGACUGACGCAGGUCCUCAGUGACCAGGCCAACCAGGCCCUGGCUAAAGCAGGUGAGGGCAAUGAAGAAAUCGGGAAUAUGAUUCAAAACUACAUCAAAGAAAUUGAAGAGCUCAGAGCGAAACUUCUUGAGAGUGAAGCAGUGAAUGAGAACCUGAGAAAAAGUCUUUCCCGGGCCUCCACACGCUCUUCGCUCUACGGUGGCCCCGGCUCCUUCUCCCCUGCGGUCCUCGCCCCUGAGAAGGAGGCCAGCGACGUCAUCAUGAUGGCCAAGAAAGACCUGGAGAAACUCAAGAAGAUGGAGAAGAAGAAGAAAAAGAGACUGCAGCGAUAUGAGGAGAAUCAUCACCAUGAGGCUGAGCAUGCCAGCGUUGUCAAAGAGGAGUUCCCCGACAACGACCAGGAAAGAGGCAAUGAAGAGGCAGAGGGGGAGGGCAGUGACCAUGAAGAUGGUGAAGAUGCAUAUGGAGAAGAUGAGGACUCUGACAUGGCAGAAGAGACUUCUGAUGAGUCAGACUCUGAAGAACUGGAUGAGAAAGAAAGUGUCCAAGCUGAUCUCGCAAACAUCACCUGUGAGAUCGCCAUCAAGCAAAAGCUGAUAGAUGAGCUGGAGAACAGCCAGCGGCGGCUGCACACUCUCAAACAGCAAUAUGAACAGAAGCUGAUGAUGCUGCAGAACAAGAUUAGAGACACCCAGCUAGAGAGAGACAAGGUGCUGCACAAUAUGGGUUCAGUGGAGUCUGGCACAGAGGAGAAGUCCAAAAAGAUCAAAGCGGAGUAUGAGAGGAAGCUGAGCUGCAUGAACAAAGAGCUGCAGAAGCUCCAAUCAGCUCAGAAAGAGCAUGCUCGCCUGCUGAAGAACCAAUCACAGUAUGAGAAGCAACUCAAGAAGCUCCAGCAGGAUGUGACCGAAAUGAAGAAGACUAAAGUGGCACUGAUGCGUCAGAUGAAGGAGCAGCAAGAGAGGAACAGGGCCACGGAGUGCAGGAGGAACAGAGAGAUCGCCUCUCUGAAGAAGGACCAGCGCAGAGCAGAGCAUCAAGUGAAGCAGCUGGAGGCCCAGAGGAGACAACAAGAACUGAUCCUUCGGAGGAAGAAUGAAGAGGUAACAGCUCUGAGGCGGCAGGUGAGGCCUGUCUCUGGUAAAGUCAAUAGGAAGGGGAGCUUACCUGAAAACCCUCAGGAGCCUUCGCAAAGAGGGAUCCCUGCAAGGAUGCAGUCAUCCGGUGCAAGUCCUUCCAACGGAGCCAGGAGUUCUCCAGUGCGGCUGGGAAGUAUCUACAUUAACAGGUCAGCCAGGGCGAAAUGGCAGUCUCUGGAGAGACGUGUCAGUGACAUCAUCAUGCAAAAGAUGACCAUCUCCAACAUGGAGACUGAUAUGAACCGACUACUGAAGCAACGGGAGGAGCUGACCAGGAGGAAGGAGCGGGUCUCCAGAAAGAGGGAGAAGAUGGCGGCAGAAGGGGCGGAUGCCGACCGUUCCCUGGCUUCCCUGAAUGAGGAGCUGGAGUCUCUGAGCGCCAACAUUGACUACAUCAAUGACAGCAUCGCCGACUGUCAGGCCAACAUCAUGCAGAUGGAGGAGGCAAAGGAGGAGGUUGACACUGUGGAUGUGACUGCUGUCAUCAGCUCCUGUAACUUAUCAGAAUCUCGCUUCCUGCUGGACCAUUUCAUGACUAUGGCCAUCAAUAAGGGUCUGCAGGCAGCCCAGAAGGACUCCCAGCUGAAGGUGAUGGAAGGCAGGUUGAAGCAAACGGAGAUAAAUAACGCCACUCAGAACCAGCUGCUGUUCCACAUGCUGAAAGAGAAAGCCGAAAUUAACCCAGAAUUGGAUGCCCUGCUGGGCAGCGCUCUGCAAGAGUUAGGGUACCUGUUACCAGGUGCAGAAAAUGGAGAUGACAGCAGUAGUGAUGAAUCUAACCCCAGUCCAGCCACAGAUGGCAGCACACUGGCAUCAGAUUUAAUGAAGUUAUGUGGUGAAUCCAGACCUAGAAGCAAGGCUAGAAGGCGGACCACUACCCAGAUGGAGCUGCUUUAUGCUAGCAGUGGAGACUUAUCCUGUGAAACCCCCACGGGAGAGUUCUCGGCCCCUCUUCUGCCUCUCACAGAGCGCCUGGAAGCGCCGGCAGACAUGAUGGGUCACGCAGCUGGUCAUACCCCCGACCGUGAGCAAACUGUUUCCCCUUCGGCACUGUCUGCCAGGCCAGCUGGCAUUUCUGGAUCCAGGUCACCCACAGGGAUCGAGAGGAAACAGCUGGAACGUUCACCGCUUAACCGUAGGAAGAUCCAAGAGAAAGGAUCCACGAUGUCACACAUCCCAGCACCUUCCCAGACGCUUCCAUUAGAAAGAACAGAAACUAAAACUAAAAGCAGCGACUACAAAUCACCGUUGGAGGAAUCUCCUGUAUUUGAAGGCCACAGAGGUGUGAUCAAUCCCGUGACAGCUCCUAAGAACAGUCGGGGAGCUAAAAUCCAGUGUGUCUACGUAGCUGAGGGGCACACCAAACCUGUUCUUUGUGUAGACGCCACAGAUGACUUGCUUUUUACAGGAUCUAAAGAUCGUACAUGUAAAGUCUGGAACUUGGUGACGGGUCAGGAGAUUAUGUCUCUAGCAGAUCACCCCAGCAGUGUUGUUUCUGUCAGAUACACUUCAAGCCUUGUCUUCACCGUUUCCACUGCCUACAUCAAAGUGUGGGACAUACGUGACUCUGCUAAGUGUAUUCGCACACUCACGUCUUCAGGCCAGGUGAGCUCAGGGGACACGUGUUCUGUUAGGAGUUUAUCCAUCCCUCCAGGAGAGAGUCAGAUAAACCAGAUCGCCCUCAACCAGUCUGGUUCCUUCCUAUAUGCUGCUGCUGGCAAUGCUGUCCGCAUGUGGGACCUUCGCAAAUUUGUAUCUACAGGAAAGUUGACUGGCCAUUUGGGGCCUGUAAUGUGUCUAACUGUUGAAAAGUUAGGCCAUGGACAGGAUAUGGUCCUCACUGGCUCCAAAGACCAUCAUAUUAAAAUGUUUGAAGUGACAGAAGGUGCUCAGGGUAGCAUCACCUCCAGCCAUUCUUUUGACCCCACACACCAGGACAGCGUGGAAUCUCUGGCUGUGCAUGGAGACAUUUUCUAUAGCAGCUCUAGAGAUUAUUAUAUUAAGAAAUGGGACUUGACCACUAAAAAGCUUGUACAGUCAGUCAGUUCCCAGGCAGACUGGGUUAGUGUUCUGGGUGUGAUGCCAGGUUCCCAAAUGCUGCUCAGUGGGUGCAGAGGAGGGCUGCUACGCCUUUGGCACACCGACACACUUGCACCCCUUGGUGAGGUCCUGGGGCAUGACAGUCCCAUCAACGGGCUGGCUACCAACAGCACCCAAAUGUUCACUGCCUCUGAUGAUCGCACAGUUAAAAUAUGGGAAGCCAAAGGAUCUCUGGAAGAUGGAAUUCACUGAGAGUUGAUCCCUGACACUGAAUUAUUCCCUGGCCAAUAUUCUAGCAACACAAAUUAUAUGAGAGGGCUACACAUCACUAUGUAUUGAUGACAUGUUAAUUUAAGGAACCCAAACAGAGUCUGGAAAGACAGUGUUGGUUUUUGGCCAAACUUUCCCUUAAAUAUUACUGAUCCUCCCCACUGAUGCUCAACAGGAAUUGAUGUCAGGGAUACCAAAUUGGAUGUUGUUUGUUACUGUUAUUUUAGGUCAAGACAGAUCAACAAUGACGCUUAUUCGGUUUCUUUUGGAGCUGCAGGGAUUACAAGACAGCAGCAACAGGCUUUAAUACUCAGCAUCCAGCAUCACAACACAACAUGGAUAAAUCUAUGCAUCUGGUGAACUUUACCCAAGCAACUAAGACAAAAUGUUUUGGUGAAAUGCUUUGCUCUCCAACAUCAGUGUUUCAUCAUAUUCUUGAGUGUUGAAAUGUUUCAUGGAGAUCCUCUGCUCCAGCCUCAGCAAUAAGUUUAUUCCGUGUGUUCAUAUAAUGUGUGGUAUGUCCUGUCAUUCUGGCUUUGUUGUACAGGUCAUUUCAGGAAUGUGUGUGUGUGUGUGUGUUCUCAGUUAUCAUGGACCAAACGACUCACUAUGGAGCUGUUACUGCCGACCCCCAUUUCCACCCAGAUAACCAUAGAGGGCUCAAAAUACAGUUUGUGCUGUCAACAAAGUUCUUCUUAGUAUCAAAUUUCUGUUCUUUCUCCCUGAAUUACUAUGGUCAUGAUCCAGAAGAUAAACAGCUAACCCAUACCGUGUCUCCAUAUGUCUCACUGCUGUUCUGCACUAAUUCCACAAAGUCCUAUCCUACAAAAGCAGCUAAUGCUAACUACAAAAAACGGUUUAGCUGUACAAACUAGCUUGAAUUUGAAAGAGGAAUUUACUAAAUUAAGUAAUUUUUUUUAAUAAGUAAUGGAAAAAAGCUUUAAUUAUUGAGCUAAUUACUGAAAAUCCAAGACAAUUACACAUAUGACUUAAAAGUAGCACAACUUAAUGUGACUCCAAGUGGCUAAAACAAAAAAAUGAGCUUGGUGCACACUGCUAAGCUAGUGUAUUUAGCUGUUAGCAGGGCUAAUUUAGCUAAAUUAGGUCCUAACAUAGAAUGCAAACUGUACUUAUUUGUUCUCACAUUUGAUUAAAGUUCCUGCAACUGGAUUACAUUCUUACGUAAAAGGUAAAACUGUAGUCACAAAUUCACAGACUGGUAUUGAUUCAGAUUUGGCUAAUGUGGUUAUUUGGUGUGCUGGGCAGCACACUAGUGGGCCAACUAAACUUCAUUCAACCUCAGAACCACGUGGUCAUCUAGCUGGAAUAGCUGCAGACAUGUCAGUGAUUCCUAUACCAGAAUCAUCUCUAACUAAAGUGAACAGUGCUUAUUUUGUCAGUGGUAAACUGUCUGUACAGGAAAAUUAUGAGGUAUAAUAUUUUCAAAAGCAAAUUCCUGAAAUAUGUCCAUGUUUCUACAAUACAAUUAUGUGAUGAGUUCUUGUUCUCUUCUCCAUGUACAGUUCUGUUCUCCUCUGCUGUACUUGUAAUUGUAAACUGCACACAUGCUGGAGUUUAAGCAUGUCUUGUAUCUAAAAUGCUCCUAUUUAUUUUUUCAAAGAGUUUUCAUUUUUGUUUUAUUGUGUCUUAAUCAGCGAUUGACUGCGAGCCCAUUUCUUCUAAUGCCUCUGAUGUCUCAGUAUUGAAGAUGAUGCUUUGCACAGAAUUUAUUGAAUGGGUUUUUCUUAAGAGGUGUGUUAUCAGUGCCUGGAAUAAAUCCUAAAAUAUGUGUUGUGACUGUUAAAUCACCACUUAAUCAAUGUGGACUAUUCUAAAUUUCAAAAAAGGUCAGACAAACAUUUA